AAUACGAAAAGGCAGCAUUUUCCGACGUCAGUCGUCAACGGUCAUUGGAUCACGUUCGAGUGUUGUGCUUUGAUUACAUGUUAUGUUGAUCCGGUUCCAAGGAAAUAUGCUUACCUCAAGUAAAUUGGUUUGUGCCAUAUUACUCCUGACGGUUGCGUCAACUCAAGCGUUCCUCUUCGGGAAAGAACAUGUCCACAUAAAGAUUCACUUACCAGAGCCUCAUCACGAGGAACACCAUGAGGAGCACCACGAGCAUCACGAUCACGACGACCACGGUCCACCAAAGAGCUUCAGCAGCGGGGGCGGCGGCGGCGGCCCACCCCCGAGUUACGGUGGCCCAGUCCUAGGUGGCGGAGACGAUCAUCACGGAUCUGGCGGCCCCUCCGGAAGCUACGGACCCCCAAGCGGAGGUCCAUCCAGCAGCUACGGACCACCCUCCAGCAGCUACGGCCCACCCGGACACGGAGGACACGAUGACCACGGUCCAGGAGGCGACUCUGGUUUCGGCGGAGGUUACGGCGGCGGCGACAUCGGUGGUGGACACGGUGGAUCCUCCUACGACUCCAGCGGCCCAAGCAGCUUCGGAGGUUACGGACCUAGCUCAAGCGACGGACACGGCUCUUACGGCGGAUCCUCCGGCCACGACAAAUUCGGCGGUGGCUCGUCUUACAGCGGUGGUGGCGGCUCAAGCUACGACAGUGGAAGCCUUGGCAGUUACGGAAGCGGUGGUCACGGUGGCUCAAGCUACAGCAGCGGUGGACAUGGUGGCUCAAGCUACAGCAGCGGCGGGUUCGGAGGUGGCAGCAGCUACAGCAGUGGAGGCCACGGUAGCUUCGGCGGCUCAGGUGGAUACAGCAGCGGUGGACACGGUGGCUCAAGCUACAGCAGUGGUGGACACGGUGGCUCAAGCUAUAGCAGUGGUGGACACGGUGGUGGCUCAAGCUACAGCAGCGGAGGAUACGGAGGUGGCAGCAGCUACAGCAGUGGAGGUCAUGGAAGCUUUGGCGGCGGCUCAAGCUACAGCAGCGGUGGACAUGGUGGUUCAAGCUACAGCAGCGGUGGUCACGGCGGUGGCUCAAGCUACAGCAGUGGAGGCUACGGCGGCUCAAGCGGUGGCCACGGAAGCUACAGCGGUGGCGGAAGCAGCGGAUUCGUCGGAAUUAGUGGAGGUCAUGGUUCAAGCAGCUACAGCAGUGGAGGCCACGGCGGCAGCGGUGGUUACGGAGGAUCUAGUGGAGGAUACGGUGGCUCAUCCGGUGGUUACAGCAGCGGCGGCAGCCACGACAGCUACAGCAGCGGUGGUCAUGGCGGCAGCGGUGGUUACGGUGGAUCCAGCGGUGGGUACGGUGGAUCUAGCGGAGGUCACGGUGACGACAGUUUCAACGACGCCGGAUACAGUUAUGGUGGCGGUGACACAGGUCACAGCAGUGGAGGUGGUUUCAGCGGUGAUCACAAUGAUCUCCCUUACCAUAAGAAAUAAGCACUUUCAUAAGACUGCCAUUAAUGAUAUAUCGUUUCCUCUCUCCUCUCACUUGUUCCCAAUUGUUUUCUCUUAGAAGAUAUGCCAAAUGUACCUCGAAUCCAGAUAAAUCGGCAUGUACCAAAGUUACUCAUCAUGCUCUUUAGAUAAGUUUCCUUUAUUUGUGAUAUUUUUGUACAUUCGUGUGACGACCAAAACCUCAUUUGUUCCGAUGCAAAGGCAAAGUAAAAAACCAUGUAGUUGUCUACAGUUGUGACUUUUCAAGAAAAUUAGCACGUAACAAGAGAGAAAUUAUUUUGGACUGAUUAGUACAAUGUAAGUACGUUCUGAGCUUGAUACUCUAUGAUUAAACUAUAUCAGCAGAUCAGACAUGUGCACAAAAUAUAAUCAAAAUAUGUUUCAAUAUUGUGAGGAUUUUUUUAUAUUUUAUUUCGUUUGGGAUUGAUCCCGGUAUACGUGAGAUUGAUUACUGCAUUCAAUCAGAAUACUUUAAUUUUUAAGAUAUGAAUCAUCAAUGCUUUUUUUCUGUCUGUCCACUCGAAUCGGCCAAUGGAGAUGUUUGGUUCUUACAGAUAUGCAAAUUAGUGUUUAACUCCGAUUUUACCCAAAAAUGUAACCGAAUGUUGCCGUUUGAUGAUUUCAAUGAUUUUAUCUUCAAGGUGUCUCCACAUUAGAGCAUUGUAAAUUUUCACUCCAUCUUUUCAGAACUUUUCGAAAUCCUCUUCUCACUCUCCGGAACCAAAAUUCAGUCAUUGAGGCUAAACUCUCCAAACUUUCAAUUAAUUUACCUGAUUAUGUUUGAUUAAAUUGAAUUUUCUCUUCGCCAUAUUUUUAUGAAAUAUAUUCAUUUCGUUCACUUCAUGAUGUAAUCGGUUCAUCUAUAUUAAGUUGAAAUCAAAAAUGAUCAAAAUGCACAAAAGUGUAAUACCGGAACAAAUAGCUCUCUAUUUUUGCAUAAAAAAUCACCUUGUUGUAAAAUUUGUAUUUUUGUUAUUGUUUUUAUUUUUGUAUAUAUUAGAAGUUAAUAAAUUAAUUGCCAUGUUUUUUUAA